UCAGCCGCCUCGCCCGCCGUUGCAACCUCAAAGUCUCAAGAAAAGCCCAAAACCUUGUUCCAGUCUGUUGACAACUCGUUGAGAUAAGAAAAAAAUAUUGAAAAUAAUGAUUACAUAUAAAUAUGAACUAUACAAAUAGCUAUUGAGUACUCAAAUAAGGUUUCCCAGUUCAAGAAAUCCAACUCGAAAUCGAUCUAUUUGAUUCUUUUUUAUGGCACUUUUUUAUCCAUCCCGCAGUGUCUUCCUCCCCUUUCUCAUUCUCAUCCUUUCCACUCGAAUAACCUCUGGGAUCGACCAGAAAUCCAUGCCAACUGAGAAUGCUGCGCCCGCAUACCACGCCAUGGCUUCUACACCAAGCCCCGAGCUUGACGGGCACAGCCUCGUGAAGGGCCUUGUCGAGGCCUUGCUGGGCUAUGGGGGAUACAACGAGAUCACGGACUUGCUAGUGAACCUGACAUCGGUGGCAGAUGAGAUUGGAAGACUGGCGAUGGAGGAGGCUAGGCCCCAUUACGGGCUGACCCUAUUGGCGCCAAAUGAUGAGGCCCUGUCUGCGCUCGGGCCCCAGCAGCUGGAGGACCCGAACUUUCCGGAGAGAUUACUGUAUUACCAUUUGAUCGCGGGCUUCUUAACAGAGGAGAGCAUGUACGUUCACGCAAGGAGGCACGGGAAGGUGAAGUACGAGACUCUGUUAGUGCCGUUGAUGGUUCACGUCGAGGAAGCCGAUGGGACCGUAAAGGUUGUCGAAGGAGGAGGGAGCUGGGGGCAUUUAGUCGAUGCUGAUAUCUACGCUGACGGGAGGGUCUCCGUUCAGGGCAUUGACGGGGUUCUCUUCCCUCCUGAUGCCAAUGGACUCAGUUAGCAGAAUUACUGGACGCAGUCUCAAUUUUGCUGUAUUCUUCGGUUUUCGAGAACCCGUUCGAUUCCAUCUUCUCAGUUUUCUGCAAAUAGGCAAUCCGUGAAAUGUAAUGCAACAUUGCUUGUAACAGUUGAGAUCGUAAGCAGCUAAGCGGAAUAUAACGAGUUAAACUAGGAAAAUCCGACUCCUUCGUAGCAAGGCUGUCUAUACCAGCCCCAAGAAACUGGAUUGUAUUUGUACAGCUCAAUACCAUACCAAACUACAGCAGUACAUACAUGUAUAUAUAUAUAUGUGUGUGUGUGUGUAUUAAUCUCAAUCGGCG